CCGGUACAAGCUUUAAAUGCUUGCCCCUUCCACUCUCGCCAGAACCAGCAGAGCCAGCCACUCUACUCCCCCACCACCAUUAUUUUCCCUCCACUCUUCUUCUUCUUCCUCCACACCAACCCCCACACUCCCUGACAAGUGACACCCUUUCUUUAAUCCCCUCCUUCCCUGAACUUCGGAUUCAACUCCUCUCCCGCCCCGUACCCCGCCACCCUCCGCCUCCACCUACCUCGUCCCCAAAACCCUCCGCCCCGUACCCCGUACCCUUAAACCUAAGCCUCCACCUUUAAUCAUUUUUCUAUUUUUUUUUUCACUGGUUUUCUCAAAAAACCCAACAAAAGAAAGAGGAAAAAAGCAAGAGAAAAAGUGGAGGAGUGUUGUGAUUGAUGUUGGUGGGUUGAUCACUUUACCUUUUGCCCUAUUUCUUUGCCCUAUUUCUUUGCCCAUUAUUACACAUGGCUUUGUUGCAUUUCUCUGUUCAAUUCAAACACUUCCACCAAAAGUCCUCCUCCUCUGUUUUUCUUCACAACUUUGAAGCGUUUUUCUUCACUACUGUGAAGCUCUCGGACUUCUGAAAUUUUCAUGGGAUUUUAUCAGACUUGAAAACAAUGGCGUUCGAGCUCUGUUUUCUCCUUCUUCUUGCUCCUCUUCUGGUACUCGCCUUAGACCCCGCCUUUAAUGACGACGUUUUGGGGCUGAUCGUCUUCAAGGCCGGGCUUUCUGACCCGGAAGCGAAGCUUGCUUCGUGGAGCGAGGACGACGGCAGUCCCUGCAACUGGGCAGGCGUCAAAUGCGACCCGACAACCGGCAGAGUCGCCGAGGUUGUUCUCGACGGCUUUUCGCUGUCCGGGCACAUCGGCCGCGGCCUUCUGCGGCUGCAGAACCUUAAAAAACUCUCGCUUUCCGACAACAACUUCACUGGGUUCAUAAACCCUGAUCUCCCACACCUCGGCAGCUUGCAGGUUAUCGAUUUGAGCCGGAACAGCCUAUCUGGGUCGAUCCCGGAGGAGUUCUUCAAGCAAUGUGGAUCCCUUGGGGUGGUUUCUUUCGCCGGAAACAACCUCACGGGGCGGAUUCCGGAGUCCCUGAGCUUGUGCCAGACCUUGGUGGAGGUGAACUUUUCAUCGAAUUGGCUGUCUGGGAAAUUGCCUCCUGGGAUUUGGUACUUGAGAAUGCUUCAAUCAAUCGACUUGUCGGAUAACUUGCUGGAGGGGGAAGUUCCUAAAGGUAUGGAGAAUUUGUAUGAUUUGAGAGUGAUCAACUGGGAAAACCGGUUUUCAGGACAGCUUCCAGGGAACAUUGGAAGCUGUUUGAAGCUGAAGUUGCUUGAUUUUAGUGGUAAUUUGUUUUCUGGGAGAAUCCCGGAUUCAAUUCGGAGUCUCGAUUCAUGUACAUCUCUGAGUUUACAGGGGAAUUUUCUUGCGGGGCAAGUUCCGAAUUGGCUUGGUGAUUUGAAAAACCUUGUGAUGUUAGAUGUGUCUGGAAAUAAUUUAUCUGGUGAAAUUCCAAGUUCGUUAGGAAAUCUAGAGGUGCUCGAAAAGUUGAAUUUGUCUAGGAAUGGAUUUACUGGAAGCUUGCCUGAUGCAUUGGCAAACUGCAUCAAUCUGUUAGCUAUAGAUGUUAGCCAUAAUCUGUUGGCAGGUAAGCUUCCUUUGUGGAUUUUUAAGCUCGGUCUGCGCAGUGUUUUGCUUUCUGGCAACCGAUUAGGUGGAAGUGACGAGUACAGUUCACUGGCGUCAAUGGCAGCGUCGAAUGGAGGCCUGCAGGUCUUGGAUUUGUCUUCGAACGCAUUUUCUGAUGUGCUUCCAUCGGACAUUGGUGUUCUUAGUAGCUUGCAGUUCUUGAAUAUGUCCGGGAACCAUCUGUUGGGUUGGAUUCCGGCAAGUAUAGGUGAGUUAAGGGCGGCUUAUGUUCUCGACUUGAGUGACAAUUGGCUAAAUGGAAGCAUUCCUGAUGAAAUCGGAGGGGCAGUCUCUCUCAAGGAACUAAGGCUGCAGAAGAACUUUCUAACCGGGAAAGUUCCAGCCGAAAUUGUGAAGUGCUCAUCUCUGACAAAUCUGAUUUUAUCUCAGAACAAUCUGACUGGCCCUAUUCCUACUGCCAUUGCUAACCUUACCAAUCUUGAAUAUGUGGACUUGUCUUUGAACAAAUUCUCAGGAGGCAUACCGAAAGAGCUGACAAAUCUUUCCCAUCUCCUCUACUUCAAUGUCUCCCACAACCACCUAGAGGGUGAACUACCACUAGGGGGAUUCUUCAACACUAUCCCACCUUCAUCUGUCUUGGGCAAUCCAUCUCUUUGUGGAUCUGCUGUUAGCCGUGCCUGCCCUUCCGUCCACCCCAAACCCAUUGUCCUCAACCCUAAUUCUUCCAAUCCCGUCGGUGGUUCUUCCUCUCCAACUCAUGGUCACAAGAUCGUAUUCAGCAUAUCAGCCCUCAUUGCUAUAGGCGCAGCUGUAUUUAUUGCCAUUGGUGUCAUAGCUGUAACCAUCCUCAACAUGCAUGCACAGUCUUCAUUAUCACGUUCUGCUGCUCCUCUUGAGUUAUCAGGUGGGGAAGAUUAUAGUUGUUCCCCGACUAAUGAUCCAAACUACGGCAAGCUUGUCAUGUUUUCUGGUGAUGCUGACUUUGCUGCUGGGAGACAAGCCUUGCUCAACAAGGACUGUGAACUUGGUCGUGGUGGGUUUGGAGUAGUUUACAAAACAGCCCUUUGUGAUGGGCGUUCUGUUGCGAUAAAAAUGCUAUCAGUCUCAGGUUUGAUCAAGUCCCAAGAAGAUUUCGAGAGGGAAGUUAAGGGACUUGGAAAGAUCAGGCACCGUAAUCUUGUGGCACUUGAAGGGUAUUACUGGACUCCGUCCUUGCAGCUCAUCAUUUAUGAGUACAUACCAUGCGGGAGUCUAUUUAAGAAUCUGCAUGACGGACCUGGCAAAACCUGUCUCACUUGGCGGCAGAGGUUCCACAUAAUUCUCGGGAUGGCAAAGGGCUUGGCUCAUCUGCACCAAAUGAACAUAAUCCACUACAAUUUGAAAUCAACUAAUGUUUUGAUAGACAACAAUGGUGAGCCUAAGGUGGGAGACAUUGGCCUGGCAAGGCUGUUGCCAACACUAGACCGGUGCAUCUUAAGCAGCAAAAUCCAAAGCGCGCUUGGAUACAUGGCGCCCGAGUUUGCAUGUCAAACGGUUAAGAUUACUGAGAAAUGUGAUGUCUAUGGCUUCGGGAUCUUGGUUUUGGAGGUGGUUACUGGAAAGAGGCCUGUCGAAUAUGUGGAGGAUGAUGUGAUAGUACUCUCUGAUAUGGUGAGGGGAGCGCUGGGGGAAGGCCGGGUGGAGGAAUGUCUGGACAAAAACCUCCUUGGCAACUUUCCAGCAGAGGAGGCAAUUCCGGUGAUCAAGCUGGGUUUGAUAUGCGCGUCUCAAGUGCCAUCAAAUCGCCCAGACAUGGGUGAAGUGAUCAACAUUUUAGAACUCAUCCAAUGCCCUUCAGAAGGCCAGGAGGAAUUAGAAUAAUUUUAGUUUACAGAUUGAGAAAGUGAACAGAUAAUCGCCAUGUUCCGGUGAAGAUCAAUCCAGUUUUGUUUCAAGCAAAAGCAAAAAGAAUAUAGUGUUGGAGUUCCAUCUCCAUGUCUUCCAUUUGUGUCUGUAAUUUUUUCCCCUAUUUAAUUGUAUAGCACUUAUAUGGUGCCAGAUUGCUUCUCACCGGUUUGAAAUGGAACAACUUGAUUAGGGUUUGGGUUAAAGAUCUCUCAUUAUAAACAACAAUUAAGUGUAUC